CUUACACAUAACCUCAAAAUUUUCUUGUUUAUUUUUCUGGAUUAAAUACUAUAGCAAUAAAUGUUAUUUAUGUAAUAAUUAGUAUACGUGAUAAAGUGUAAAAAUAAAUUGCAAGCGUGAUGUUCCUGUUAAAAAUAUGUUCACAAAACCUAAUGCACAUAGUAACCGUGCAAUAAUCCUUAUCAGAUUUCUUUAUUACCAGUUUGUUAUUUUGGAUUUCAAUGGUUUGUAAAUACAUAUUACAAGUUGAAGGUUCACAAAAUAGUGUCGCGAGUGCUAAUUCAUAGUUCAGUGUAUAUAAAAGUGUGUUAGUGUUUCUUUAUGAUUCUGUGAAGGAAUGAAAACAAGAUGUAACUUAAGUUGAAUUAGACUCGCAUUUAGAACUAGAAGUACUUGCCCAAUACGAGGAACAAUUAGUAGAACAACUAGAAGAAGUGGAACCAGAAGAAAUAGUAGAAAUGGAAGAAGAUAGCGAAGAUGUUGCUCUAUUCGUGGAAUCUCGCAAAGGACACACGAUACUUCAAUAUGGCGGCCAUAGAUACAGAAAGGCGUAUAGAUCCAAACAUGGCAUUAGAUGGAACUGUUCCACUGACAAAGGAUGCCCGGCGUUCCUUUAUCUGAAUGACAAUGAUGAAAUCAUCAUGUCCAACAAGAUACACCGGCAUAGCCUCCCGUUCAAUGAGAAUAUUGACACAGAUCAAACUGAUACUGCAGUCGUCAUCACAUCUCGUAAAGGCAAGGAGAUGCUACUCUUCCGCCAAUACACCUACCGGCGACAAUACACUAAACCCAACAGGACACGAUGGGUCUGCUCCACGCUCAAGAACUGCAGGGCUUGUGUCUUCACAGAUGAUGAUAACUUCAUCACUUCAGCUUUUGAAGAGCACUGCCAUAAUCCCCCUAAAUAUUACCUUAAACCGGAUCAUGUUCUAGGAGCUAUUAGGGAACCUCUUGUUGGUAGUUAGAUAUAAAAUAUGUUGCUGGAAAGACCGCCAUAGAGGAGGAACUCUCAUAUUUAUAUACGUACGCCUAGACACUGUCAGAAAGCAAGAGCUUUACUUCUGCGCUACCGACCUUCUUGAAGUGGAAUAUCUGGAGUAUGUCUACAAACGCAAGAGUUAAAAACGACAAAGAGUUUGUAAACGGUCUUCUCUUAUAGACGGCCUUAUCUACAUUGACCUUAGUUAGUUUAUUUACCUAAUUGUCAGAAUUCGUAGUAAGUAGUCUUACCCAUAGCGCAAAGAAAAUCGAUAAGCGUUAUGGUUAUGGCGUAACUACACUGUUAUUGUAACCGUCAUUCCUUGAAGUAAAAUUCAAUUUGACCCGGAUUCGCCUAUGAUCUUGGCGUGUGAGGUGUGAGUAGCGGUUUUUUACGAUGACGUAUGGCGUUUAAAGGAUUAAGAACAAUCAUGGUUCUUUACCGACUAAAAGAACUGUUGUAUUUAAUUUAAUUUUCAACAUAUUCCAGAGACGGUGUAAGGCGAAGGCGCCGCGCAGGCACGGCGCGAGCCUGAUGUCGCUUGAAAACGUUCUCAUACAAAACAUACGAAGGCGACCUUCAUACAUGUUGUACUGCUUGAGUAUAUGUAAUUCACGACACAUCGGCUACCUACAUUUUGCAUGUAAACGUUUUAAGGCGGCAUCAUGCUUGCGCCACACCUUCACACCUUACGCAGUCUCUGUAGUCUGUAUAAUUUUUGACACAGUAAAAUUUUAGUAACCUACACUCGACAAAAAGAACCCUGCUGGAGCCCUAGGUAUCACGUCAAAUUGACAUUGACGUAUUAGUUGUGGGUAAAAGACUCUUUACAAUUUGAGAAAGUUCUAUGGUAGCCUGGAUUAUUCGGCAAUUGAAAUAAAUUUUACUUACCUCAUUUUAGUUUUUAUUUGUAUGCCGCAAUUAAUAAUGCUAAUUUAAUUUUUUUAAUAGGUAUGUAAUUUAAGUUGUUAAUUUUAUUUGGAAUUUUUGUAAGAUAUUUUUAACUGUAUAUUUUUACAGGAGGUGUAAUAUUAUAAUAUGUAUGGUGAUUGGUUUUAUUUAAGGUGGCUUGAGUAUGAUGUUUUGUUUUUAAUUCAGAAAAAGUUAAAAUCAAAGAAUGUAGUACUAAAUAAAUGCCUCUUUCGUGUAGUUUUUUACUAAUGCAAAAUUAAGUUAUUUGUAUCUUUUCUUUUUUAAUUAAAUGCAAAAUAUGUUUGUGUAAUAGUUCAUAACUGUCUUGUAUAUCUUAAUAUAAUUUACAACAGUCAA